CCAAUAACAUACAUUCAAAACUCAUAAAAGGAAAACAAUCCCCCUGAAGUACACCUUGUUUUACUCCAUUCCGCCGAGAGCGCGGAGCAGCGGCCACAUGACUGGACGCGCCCGCUCGCGCGAAGUGGCUGCUGUGACGCCACGCGGGAGCGCGCCGCUCCGCGCGCGCGGGAGGGUGCGCAGUGGGGGGCCGCGCGCCGAACCGCCUAUUCUCUUCCGUCUGUCCCUCUUUAUUUUUAUUUGUUUUUGGUUUUAUUUAUUUCUGCCAUUUUCGCCGCGUUUCGCUUCUGUUCCAAUAUGGCGCCGUGCCGGGUGGCGCGCUGCUCGUGCCCGCGCGCGCUCUCUUGGCUGCCCGUGCUCUUCGUCGUGCUCGUCGUCGCGUGGUCCUACUACGCCUACGUGUUCGAGCUCUGCCUGUACACCAUCCCCAGUGUGGAAGAGCAGAGCAUCUGCUUGGUCACGUUCCACCUCUGCUUCGCCAUGUUCAUGUGGUCCUACUGGAGAACCAUCUUCACAAAGCCGGGGAACCCGGCCAAAGAGUUCUCUCUGACCAAGGCCGAUAGGGAGCAGUAUGAGAAGGAGCAGAGACCGGAGGCCCAGCAGGAGAUUUUGAAGAAAGUAGCCAGGGAACUCCCAGUCUAUACCUGCACAGACACCGGGGCCAUUCGCUACUGCGACCGCUGCCGGCUGAUCAAACCGGACAGGUGCCACCAUUGCUCCACCUGCAACACGUGUGUGCUGAAGAUGGACCAUCACUGCCCCUGGGUCAAUAAUUGUGUGGGCUUCUCCAACUACAAGUUCUUCAUCCUGUUCCUGGCGUACUCGGUGCUCUAUUGCCUCUUCAUCACCGCCACCGUUCUCCGCUACUUCAUCAAGUUCUGGACACCUUGCCGGAGGACACCUGCUGAGAUCUGUCCCCAGAAUGAGCUGCCAGACACUCACGCCAAAUUCCAUGUUUUGUUUCUCUUUUUUGUGGCGGCCAUGUUCUUCAUCAGCCUUCUGUCACUGUUCAGCUACCACCUGUGGCUGGUCGUCCACAACCGUUCUACUAUAGAGGCCUUCAGGGCCCCCAUGUUCCACAGCGGACCCGAUAAGAAUGGCUUUUCAAUGGGCGUUGCCAAGAACCUCACCCAGGUGUUUGGGGACCAGAAGAUGUUCUGGCUGCUUCCUGUCUCCACCAGUCUGGGAGAUGGACACACCUUCCCCACUCGCCUGGUGAGUGCUGACCCCGAGCAGCUGCCCGCUGACCCCCAGUCACACUGUAGAAGCACUGGUGAUGCUCCAUCCUACCGCAGGUCCCUGAGUGAAUCGCAGAACCGUCUCCUGGGCAAUGAUGUGCCCUUUGCAGAUGAGCAGCUGGAUGGUGCCGCUCCCCAAACAGACGGUAGUCACACAGUCACAGUUUCCAUGGAGAGCGAGUCUUAAGAAGGUCAGUUGUGUGCGUGUGUGUCAGACAUACACAAUCUGGUCUCUCUGCUCAUAUCUGGGACCCCCAGCUGAGUAGUGUUCCCCCCCCAACAAGAGCGAAAGGUAUGACACUGGUCACCCACUAGCUCACACACAGUGAAGCCAGCAAAUCAGAUGCCUUAAACACCAUGGUCAUCCCAGCAUCACCAUGCUCAAGGCUUCUAGAUGACCACUGCUAUGGCAACCGCUUGCCACCAUGGACCUUUCGGUGCAGUGGUUGGGGACUCCAUCAUUCAAAGUAUAUCACUCUGGAAGUUGACACACACACAAACUUUCACCUGCCUACACACAGUUACACACAUUCCACUGGCUUGCAUACAUUCAGAUGUUUGUUUUUAUUUAGUAUUAUAUACAUGCUGUUGUCCAAGUCAUUUAAACACAGUAUAAAGACGCACAUCCACUGAUGGGCACAGACAAACUCUGCUUGCUAAAGACACCACAUCUGCUUUGACCAGAUUUCUCCAUAAAUUAUCCCUGGGACUGAAGCUUCUUUGAGCCAGAAACUGUCCAACCGAUACCUGGAACCCUCCCUCACAGGCCUCCUGCUGCUGUUCCUCCAUGGAAUCACUUGAACCUGGGCUUGUCCUUCAUUGCCUCUGCCUGGAGCUCCUCGCUGCAUGGGGCUUCAGGUUCAACUCCCCGCCUGUCCUGCACUGAGCCCCAGCGCCACUCUGAUUACAGAUCAACUGUCUUCAUCCUACUCUGUGUCAGAGUCCACUGUUCACAGGCAUUUCCAGGGCAACCUGUUCAAGACAUGGGGCAUAUUGCUGUGCGCAGCCCUGUUUGACUAAUGACAUUGCUAGUCCAGGGUUCGAGUCAGUUUGCUCAUCGCAAUACAUAUGAGCCAUGAUCACGAACACGGAGCGUAUGAAACCACCACCAUCACCGCUCCCACUGUGGAAUACUGUCACACUGUGAGGGGAAACCUUUGCACUAUCUUGUUUUUGUAAUUCCUGCUGUUUUUUAUAAAAAAGAGACUUUGUCCAUAACAGGGCGAGGUUAAACGCUCCCAGAACACAGUUAAAAGUACACAGCACUGCGCGCACACCUCAGCUCUUAGCAUUGUAAGUAAUUUUCUCAUUUUUGUUGACAAUUUAUAAUAUGCAACAAUAUAAUAAACAUUUGUUUUCGUUC